CGAAGUUAUUCCGUUUUGCCAGAAUUACAAUGAUAUUGACGGGCAUCUGGAAACUGGAAAUGCCUCACCGGUCGAAAGGAUUCCGACAUAUAUACCCGGUUUAUUCGAUGGCGACCCACGUGAUCUAUGUCUCCAUUCCUCUUUUCUUAACCAUGAACUUGCCACAACUUUUGAAAACUGACUUAGGCGAAGCUCUCGAGACGCUAUCGAAAAUUCUCUAUUGCGUACCGCUAAUGACGAAACUGUUUUCUUAUCAGUCUGAGUCUUCAAAAAAGUUACUAUCGAAGGCUAUCAAGGACGAGACGCGCCUGCUGCAGAGCGGAGACCGCACGGUGGUCAACAUUUACGCAGAUCAUGUAUUUUUUUGCAACCUGCUCAACAAAUUCCUCUGGAUAUCCGCCGCAGGCGCUGGUUCGUUGCUCUGCGAAAUAGGCAUCGUCGGUAGUUACAAAUAUCACAAAUUAAAUAUAGAAAGCAACGAAACUUUGCCGAAACCUUUGCCGCUGCCAUUCUGGUAUCCGUUCGACGAAAACAAGUACCACAUCUGUGUUCUCUUCGAACAAUUGUUCGUAAUAGUGUGGUGCGGAUUGUCAGUUGCGGCGGUCCAGAUUUUCAGUAACUCCAUGAUGAUUUACAUGAGAGGACAGUUGAAAAUAUUACAGAACUACUUUAGGAACCACCACAAAUAUUUGAGCGUUAACGUUGUAGGUAAUGGCGGCAGUCUCAAUACGUUGAAACUUUUAUGUGUUAAGCAUCAAUAUUUAAUAAGGUACAUAAACAAUGUUAAUGGUGUUUUUAGAAGCAUAGUUUUGAUCGAGUACAGUAUCUCGUCGGUAAUGUUAGCCACCUCACUCUUGCAAGUGAUUGCGGGUCACAAUGUAACCUACAAUGCUACUCACAUAUCGGUGAUAACGAGUCAGCUGUUACUAUUGGCUUGGUCGUCUGACGAAAUCGUAGUCCAGGUCCGUCUUUCACACUUUCACACCAGUCUAGAACUAUCAUCUGCGCUUUAUGAAAGUAAAUGGUACGAAUGCGAAAGGGGGUCUAGAAUUUUGAUUGGUAUAAUGCUGAUGAGAUGCCAGAAACCUUUGAGUAUCGAUAUAGGUUCGUUUGGACCUAUGAGGAUUAAGUCAGCAAUGUCUGUGAGUAUCGAAGCUACACAUGUUUUAUUUGACAUUUAUUUUAAGAGCACAUUUAUGACAUUUAUAUUUGAGAAGCUUGUUAAAGAGCAAAUUAAUUUAUUGAAAAGAAUAUACUGUACUAAACAAAAAAAGGCAAUAUUCCAAAAAAGAGAUUUGCUUACAAUCUCUUUCCUAUUUGACGAGUCAAGCAAAUAGUUUCUGUCUCUGACAUCUAUCACUUAAUCGCUUAACAGAAAGGCAUUUUAAAAGAUAACUGCGAUAGCCAAAGAUAGUCAAAAAUUGGA